CAAUCAGAGCGCGUGUUGUUGGACCAAAUCAAACAUGGCUGCCAGUAAAAACAACUUUAACAAGACUACAACAUAGCAGGUUACUUUUAUACAUAAUAGUUAUUCAACACAAAUAUAUUAGAAGCUAGCUAUAUGGUUUGCUUUUUAGUCCGCUUUUAAACCACACUGCGCAUUUUCGAUUUUCGUUGCGCAUAUAAAUAGCCGUCGAUGUGCCUUGCCAUACUAGCUACACUAUCUAGCAGGCUGAUUAAGUAAUGUUUGCAUCUAUGGCAAACGUUAGCCAGCAACGUAUCCGAUAAGUCAUAUUAACUGCAACUUCGUGUACCUGUGCUUAUUUACACCAUGUAUAACGCCGACCCGCUGACGUGGGGUUUAAACGAAAGUGAUUUAGAAUCAAGUUCUGAUGAAACUGAGAACACUGUUAAAAAUGACAUUUCUGAAAAUAACGUAGCAAAAACAGGUAAUGUGAGCGACGAGACCUCAUCACCAGUUAAUUCAGAAGAAAAACAGGAUAACCAGACUGAAAGUCUUGCUUCUGACGACUGCUUGCCUGGAGUUUCGCCUGCCAUGUGGCGAAAAUUUAAAGAACUCCAGAAGAAAAACCAGGAGAUGAAGAAGAUGACAGAACGCAGGGAAAGAAGGCGAAGACCAAAAAAACACAAGAAAAAAGCUGAUGAAACCCCCGGCUCAUCCAGAGAAGAGGACAGGGAGCCCCUAGCCAAGCGCGAAGCGCACUGGAAGGGGCUCACGCAGUACUUCGGGGCGAACGAUCGGUUCGAGACCCCCCCCUGCGGCCGGCCCCCGCCCAAGACGGGCCUGGAAAAAAGCCUCGACUCGGCGAUCGCUGAAGGGGAUUAUGGGAAAGCGGAGGACUUGAGUGACAGACUCGCCACUCGAGAGCUGGCGGUGAGGAUCGCGGGAGCCGCAGAUUGCCGUGACUUCGUGGAAAGCAGGCAGCGGGCGGAGGCCUCGCGGGAAGCCCAGAAACGCAAGAAGCAGCUCCCCUGGGGAUUUGAAGCCAAGAAACGAUGGGAAACUAAAAGCAACAUGGGCUACAUGUGACAUGUGUGACUUGGAAGACAGUACGACAUCAGACGCAUCUCUCGGUUACAGAAAAAGCCCAUCCACACUGAUAGUUCACCUUCUGGGGAUUUUUUGUGUAUUUAUGUUUAAUGUAUGUUUUCAAUUGGGCCAGAUUUUCUGUGGGAUGAAAGAUAUGUACUGAAGAUUCCGAUAGCUAAUAUUACAGUGUCUGAUAUAGCAUUUAGACUUCAUGGACAAAAGCAAGAAUAUAUGUUUCAAGUAAUUCCAAAAAGCUGAUGCAGAAUUUUAUAGCAUUUAUUCACAAUAAUGUAAAUAUCCAUUUUUAUGCUGUUUUAUGCUUUUUAUUCUUUCCUUUUUAGGUUGUGUGCACCAUAGGAAAUGUUUUGAACUGAAAUGUUAUUUUUGCAGAAUUAAUAGGUGGUAUAUGUAUGACCUGUGAAGGCAUAACUUUGCUGUAAAAGCUGAUUUGGAGUUACCUGAAGUCUAUUUCCUAGCUUUAAACCACACAGACCCAAUAAUGCCACUGCACCAGACAUUGUAAAACUAGCAGGUCAUCAGAAAGUUCUGUAAAUAUUUCAUAUCUUUCAUCGUACUCAGAAACCGUGGGCCAAUGAAACACAUUUACUGAAACUGGAAUAAAACCUAUACCAUCACUUGAAA